GGGCUGGUUUGCCUUUUCUCACGCCCAACCAACCCUCAGACCCAGCCCUAGGAAAGUUUCCCUUCUAGGCGGGAGAGAAGGCGAACAUGGCAGCGCGUUGGUGGCGUUGGUGUGUCUGUGCAAUCAUGGCGGUGGCACUGCUGCUCGUUUUCGGGGUUCCCUCAGCCUCUGCCCAGAGAAAGAAGGAGAUGGUGUUGUCUGAAAAGGUUAGUCAACUGAUGGAAUGGACCAAUAAAAGGCCUGUAAUAAGAAUGAAUGGAGACAAGUUCCGUCGCCUUGUUAAAGCCCCACCGAGAAACUACUCCGUUAUUGUCAUGUUCACUGCUCUCCAACUUCAUAGACAAUGUGUCGUGUGCAAGCAAGCUGAUGAAGAAUUCCAGAUCCUUGCAAACUCCUGGCGAUACUCCAGUGCAUUUACCAACAGGAUAUUUUUUGCUAUGGUGGAUUUUGAUGAAGGCUCUGAUGUAUUUCAGAUGCUAAACAUGAAUUCAGCUCCAACUUUCAUCAACUUUCCUGCAAAAGGGAAGCCCAAACGGGGUGAUACAUAUGAGUUGCAGGUGCGUGGAUUUUCAGCUGAGCAGAUUGCCCGGUGGAUUGCUGACAGAACUGAUGUCAAUAUUAGAGUAAUUAGACCCCCAAAUUAUGCUGGUCCCCUUAUGUUGGGAUUGCUUUUGGCUGUUAUUGGUGGACUUGUGUAUCUUCGAAGGAGCAAUAUGGAAUUUCUCUUUAAUAAAACUGGAUGGGCUUUUGCCGCUCUGUGUUUUGUGCUUGCUAUGACAUCUGGUCAAAUGUGGAACCAUAUAAGAGGACCACCAUAUGCUCAUAAGAAUCCCCACACGGGACAUGUGAAUUAUAUCCAUGGAAGCAGCCAAGCUCAAUUUGUAGCUGAAACACACAUUGUUCUUCUGUUCAAUGGUGGGGUUACCUUAGGGAUGGUGCUUUUAUGUGAAGCUGCUACAUCUGACAUGGAUAUCGGAAAGCGAAAGAUAAUGUGUGUGGCUGGUAUUGGACUUGUUGUAUUAUUCUUCAGUUGGAUGCUCUCUAUUUUCAGAUCAAAGUAUCACGGAUAUCCAUAUAGCUUUCUGAUGAGUUAAAAAGGAUUCCGGAAAUAUGUAGACACUGGAGUAAUGGAAAUUGAAAAAUGAAAAAUAUGUGUGUGAAAAGAAGAAUGCAAUUUAUGUAUUUUGGAUUACCUCUUUUUUUUCCACGUGAUUAAAAUAGUUAAUCAUUUAACCAAAGAAGAUGUAUAGUGCCUUAACAAGCAAUUUUCAUGAAGUAUUUGGAUAUAAUUCUUCUCUUAACCUUCCCUUCCCAGUAAACUUUCUGGAACAUUUAAUUUAGUGGAAUUUUAUAAAAAAUUUAAAACUACUACAUUUUAAUUAGAACAAGGUUCAAAACUGUGUUGCUUAACUUUUGGCCAUGUGAUUUUUUUAUCUUAUCCAAAGGUAGUUGGGACUUGUGACCAGGUGUUCUUGCAUAUGCCUGUUACUGAUAACAGCGUCAGGAAUCCAUUCUUAGCUUUUCCAGUGUUGCACGGAUGUGCAUACUUCACACAUCUUUCCUUUUAAGCAGAGAAAUCAUAUAUGCUAUGUGUCUUCUGAAAAUGGAACACCAUUCUUCAGCAUACACAUCUAGACUUUAGAAAAAGAUCACUAGCCAGUCCUCCAUCUUCCCUCCUGAAAUUCUGUGCAGACUUUGUUUCUUGGUAGCUGUAGACAUUAAGAAGUAUUCCUAAAUACAGGAUUAUGAUUUCUUCAUGAGUGUGGUGUUAGCUGCCUAUAUUUGGAACAAUUUCAGGCUCAUUCUGUUUCCCUAAUUUAUUUGAGAUGAAAGUGAAGUUGCUCAGUCAUAUCCGACUCUUUGCGACCCCAUGGACUGUAGCCUACCAGGUUCCACCGUCCAUGGGAUUUUCCAGGCAAGAAUACUGGAGUGGGUUGCCAUUUCCUUCUGCAGGAGAUCUUCCCGACCCAGGGAUUGAACCCAGGUCUCCCGCAUUGUAGGCAGACACUUUACCGUCUGAGCUACCAGGGAAGUCCUUUAUUUAAGAUGGGCCCCUCUCUAAUAAAAAUGUAGCUUAGUAUUAAAAUCAGUGUAAAUUUACAAUUGACCAAAAUGUUUCUGCAACUCAGAGAUUAUCACUUAUUUCAUUUGUACCUAAGAGAAAAAAAUGGAUUUAUCUGGUUAAAUCAAUUUCUGUAUUACAGUGACAACACAUUUUAUUAACCCUUGUAUUUAGGAAAAGGACUCCCCUAGAUUGGGAAAAUAAAAUGAUGAAAUAUUAAGUUGUUGCUUAUGAAUAGAAAGUAAAUUUUUCUUGUAAACUGUUCUGUUUUCUUGCUAUUAUGUUAACCUUUGUCUUCUCACUUUAUGUGGAGAAACAAAGUUAUCAUUUGAAGAAGUUCUGUUUGAAUUUGAUCUUUUUUCUGUCAAUGAAAAUAAGCAUAUGCGCUAACCAAAUUUCUGUGAAGAACGAAAGUUGAUGGUUAUCAGUGGAUAUAGCUAUAAUCUCCUCCAUGGCUGUAAAGAGUAUCCAGAAAUGCCACUAUUAUAGAAAUAUGCAAAUUCCAAUUGUGAAGAAAUUUUAAGAAAUCUUAGAAGUAUUACAUUAAGAUAAUAUUGUGACUGCCUGCUACUAUUUACCAUCUAAUAUACUCUCCCUCAUGGUCUAGAAAUCUUACAUAAUAGACAUUUAAAGAAAGAGAUGAUUAUAGUUGCCUAUGAAGAAAUGUUCUAUGUGGGGCUUUUGGUUUGUUUUUUUUUUUUAAGUAGAUUUGGUGGGUGAGGUGAUAUUUACUCUCUCCUGGAGCCCAUUUUUGUUACUCCACUGUAAAUUGCGUGAUUCUGGAUUCCUUAUCUGCUGUUUUUGUACUUGUCUCAGGCCAAAUAAAUUUACGCUGUGAUUCUUAUGAGACUUGUAUGAAUAUGCCCUGAUUUGUACAGACUAACCAGGGGAAUAUUACUGCCAUGUAACCUAUAGCUCCAGAUAAUUUGCAAUGAGCAUUGAAGAAUGACAGUUCUUUGUAUUUUUUGUGUCUCUCUUAAGAGCACAUUCUUCUUCUUUAAGGAGAGAAGUUGUGUUCUGGCUAAACUCUGUAGAGGGCAGAUUUACUAUACUUAGAAUAGUGUUACUUUUGUGGAAAUGUUGAAAGUAGCUUUUAUCUGAAGUGCCUUAAGUAGAUUCUUAAAUUUACUUUUCUAGUAUUGAUUUAAAUAUUAUUUGUUAUGCAUUUUAAAAUACUAUUCAAAAUUAUACAUUGUAGUGGCAGAGAUAAACAAAUGUCUGGCUGUUUGCUUUUUGAUCAUAUCAAUAAACUUCUACAAUCUAAA